UAUAUUUUCAAAGUCAACAUCUUAUCGUUGGGGAGGAGGAGCGAUGGGAUGAGAGAAUGCAAUGUGGAGAAGUUAUUUUGUCAAGUUUGAUAGGAUCUAUAAAUCCAUGUGGAGGAAAUGGCUUUACGGUGGAGAUGGAUUGAGGUAAGACUGAGCAGCAGGGGUCCAAACAACCCAAGCACCAUGUUUAUUUGUCAAUGGCCCGGAGUUAUCCUUCAACUCUGGUAGCCAGAGGCUUCACUGAUCAACAAAACACCUUUUUUAUCCCUCCACCAUGAGUGGGUGAUUUUGUUGGUGGCACGGAGAACAGAUUCCCUAUCAGAAGAACUUGACAUCUUCUUCAACUAUCUACCAUUAUAGUUUGUUGACAUUACUUUUGGAGGAAGUUUCCCUUGGCGCUGGAAGUAACGCAUGGAUGAAAUUGUGUGUUUAUUUAAGGCAAAACAGCAGUGAAGGAGGUGUCAACAACAACUGUGGAACAAAUUCGCAGGCAUUUACCAUAUUCAGCUCAAACUUUUGGAAUAAUAGAAAUUGUUUACCUCAACCCCAUCGUGGGUAUAAAGAACAAGAUGGCUGAGGGUGGGAGGAGCCAAUCAGUGAUAACCUCUCACAAAGACGAGCCAAUCAGACGCUCAGAAAGUGAAAGAACUAGAAGUGAACGAACUUUGGUGUCGUUUGAGAGCUUUGAGUCAACAACUAUGUUACCGGACUGUCGUGGAUGGCUAAUGGAAACUGAGAGUCGGAAACAGUUCUGGUGUGUUGCCGCAAGUAGAAUGCUCGGGCUUUUUAGUUCGUCUGAAGCGGAUGAACCCAUAAAAGUUCUGACAUUAACCAACUUUCAAGUGGAGACUUUUGUUAACGAUGUUGACACGUCGAUAAAUGGCGCUGAUUACUCGGUGAGUAUUGAUAAACAUGGUUCUAGUAUCGCUGCUUCAAUACCCAGGAAGCAGGAGUACGCUAUCGCUUUGAAACCGCUCUGCAAGGGAGUCGAGCAACACUUGUUUCUGGUCCCAUCAGAGGAAGAGCAUUUACUGUGGAGGAAAGCUCUUCGAGCUUCUUGUCCUAGCAAAGUACCGACGUUCUCACGGAGGGACAAAAUGCUCAAACAAAAAAAGAUCAGCUUCGAGGAACCCUGUCGAACUGACAGUGGGUUGGGGGACGACUUAGAGCCUCCGCUAGACCACAGGAAAAGCGAAUCUGGAGACUCAAAGAUUCAAGAGCCGACGAGUUUUAUAAAUGGAGCUCUUGAUUAUGAGAACAGGAGUGAUCACGUGAGUAGCAGAGGAAGUUCUUUUGUGUCGUCAGUGGCGACUCUUGACGACUUGGCGGACUCAAACUCCACCAGCGACAGCAGCACAUCAGUCGGUAACAACAGCGCCGUGAAUAUCUCCGAGUUUGACUUCCCAGACAUUGAGACGAGCUCCUGCGGGAGGCAAUCCCUGAAUGACAGUGUCUUCCUUGGCAUGUCUCAAGAACUUGAUCUGAAUCAGUGGAGUGACUCAAAGGACACGGACUGCUUCACUAGCGAUGGGGAUUCCCUCCCAAACUCCCCACAUCCGCGGCCGACUUCAUCCAGCAUGAGCUCCGCCGGGGACCCUACCGAUGGGCCUUGUCGCCCACCGUCUGACCAAUCCAAAACCAUGAUAAGCAAAGUCUCAAAACUCGUUCAACGUGUUGCUCAUAUGCGACGACCGCGUUCAAACUCAAGUUUGACCCUCGCUCAAAUACCCGAUUCUAAGAUGUCGGGACCGAUGCGCAAAAAGGGAAAGUUGCGCUGGUACGUCUUAAGUGGAACCUCCUUAUACUGCUUCAAGAGCAACUCAAAAGACGAGGAAUCGGAAGUGAUUUACGAUCUAUCCUCGUACACUGUUGCCUUGGCAACAGAAGAAAAAGAAGACAAUCGGUCCAUUUGCGUACUUAAACUCACCCACUCAUCAGGGAAAAAAGUUCUCUUUACAAUAAAUAACAUGGAAACUGCCCAACUGUGGUUUAAGUAUACACAGGAUGCUAUAGAGACAAGUACAUCCAAAUCAAGGUCGGAUAGUCAGAGGUCGACAUCCUCCAAUCCCGAAUCCCAAGGUCUUGGACGGAAUCGCUUGUCGCGUCAGAGCUUUGAGGAUGGUUAUGGCUUCUUCGAACGUCAGAGCUCCUUGCGAUGUGUGAAGGAUGCUCUACAGAAUGCUGUGGCCGAAUCACCCAAGGUUACAAAACAGGAUUCAAGUUCAGGAAGCUCAGGAUGUAAUGAGGAGAACCGGGAAGGAGGUUCACUGUCUGACCAUGAGAGCGUCACCCCACCAGCGACCCACUGGGCCUCUUCGGAAGAUCUCUCGUCGUCGGUGGAGUUCACCGAGAAGAAGAGUCACCCAGCAAUCCGCUUCAUCAUGAAACGCUCCAGUAAAUCUCAGCUUCUGAGUAAACGCUCCCUCCGACAGAUGCCAAUCCCGGCAGCUGAUAUUGUAGACCCUACCAUGACGGGACUACUGAGUGUUUACGUGCAGAACAAAGGCUCAUGGAAAAAAUAUUGGACGGUCCUGAAAGAUGACUGGUUGUAUUUUUACAAGCGUCCAACGGAUUCAUCAACCAGUGAUAUAAUUGAAAUACCCCGCUAUACGAUUCAACGAGAACGAAGGAUGGCCGACAGCGCACCUCUCACGCAGCAGAGAUUCAUCUUCAGCGUGACGGAUGAAGACGGAUCCGAUCGUGCCAUUUUGAUGGCCGAUACAGAGAAAGACACCCGAGCCUGGAUGAACAAGCUCAAGUCUCAAGCCAAACAACGUCGGAGUACAACGCUGGAUGGUCUUAACCUGGAAAGUGGACAGUCCUCUUUGCUACAUACAUCAGAUUCCCGCAGUACACCUAAAAAAUGGCAGACAAACCAAGCUGAGAUUCACAAGCAGAGAUUACUGCAUGAAUUAGUCCUUCAGCAGAACCAGGGUGGACAACAGAGGGCAGCAGACCCUUCUAAGUCCGAGUUGGAGAACCCAGAAGUAACCAAGAAGAGAGCUGAGAUCCUUACCAAGUACCAGAAGGCCAACGAUAACGAAGAGGAGGAACAAGUGCGCCUGAUGACUCUUCUCAAUCGACGCCGGAUGUCUGCACAGGUCAAGAAGGACGUCUUGGAGAGGACGAUGGCGAGUAGAGCCAAGAAGAGGAUGGAGAGGAUCGGGAGCGUCGAGGAAGCCUCCAUGGAGGAACAGAUCAGGACCUUGAAUGCGAGACUCUCUGGGAUUGAGGCGGAGAUGCAUGCCAAGAGCUUCCAGAAGAGGAGCCGCGUUCAAGCCCUGAAGGAUAAGGAAGACUUGGAGCUGCAGCUGCUGGAGCAGAAGGAGAGGCUGUCCCGCUAUCGACUGAAAACUCACGACGCUCUGCAGAGCACCUCGGAUCUCAACAGCACUCUCGACGAGAUGGAUGAGGAUACUGCUGAUUGUGGUGAGGAUUCAGCAGAAUCCCCAAAGAGGCGGGAAUCACCAUCGUUGCUGGAGGGAAAAGACGAUACAACAGAUUGUAGAGACCGAUCACUGGGGGAGAAAGUCAGCCAGAGGUUGUCACCAUCUGUGCAGAGGAAAAAUGCAGAUGAUGACUCACAAACUGAUAAAUCGCCAAAUACUCGCCGCAGAAGACUUCUGCCUGUGCUGCCUGAUAAAGCAGAGCCUAAACUAAACUCAGCUGGGGGAAAGGGUGACGUACCCGGCAGGUCAAGCCAUCAACAAGAAAUACUCAGUAGAACUUGGGAGAAAUCGCCCAGUGUCAAUCGUAAAUCGCUGUCAGAGCUUGACUAUUUGCGGCAGCGAAGUUUGAGUGAUGUCUUGGAACGGAAGUCUCCAAGUCCGAUACACAGUAGAAAGAUCAGCGUGGAAGGGCGGUUAUUGCCACACACGAAUAAUGUAACCACCUCGAAACUAAAGGCAAACCACAGGAGCGACUCGGUGCCCCAUCUGCCACAAACCUCCCCGGAGGUUAGUAGGGGACUGAGGACAAUGAAACACUCGAUAUCCAGCUCAGACAUGAGCCACGCAAUCACGAAGAGUCCAGGCCAGAGAAGGGGUAAGGAGCAUCACGGCACCGGUGCCCAGAGCUCGCCGAAACCCCGCCGUAAAAUCAGCGUCCCGAUCAGGAUGCCUUCUAUGGACAACUUCUUCAGCUCCUCCUCAACGAAAGGAAACAAGGACAAAAUGCGGAAGAUCAGCUCUCACAGCAGCUUAUCCAACAUAACCAGAGGGACACACAAAGUGCUGCCUCAAAACGGCGACACCAGGAGCCUUUCCAGCUCUUCAUCGUCAAUCCACUUGAGUACACCUACUUCCAGCGGCUCGCCAGAUAUCAACGGGAACGUGCAUCACCGUGGUAAAGGUCAUGGAGGUCAAGUAGAGGAAAUAGAUCCAGAAGUCUUACGGGACAUUGAGGAGUUUGAAAUGAUGGCACGCAAGGCACUUAGGGAUGCUGGAUGGACCUUCAGACUGUAAGCACGCAAGACACUAAGGGAUGC